AGCGACUUUUUUCUAACUGGUAUGAUAUUUCGGUCAGGUUCGAUGACCCCUAAACGUAGGUGUAAUCAAUAUUAUUAAUCAUUUCGGUAUUUCCGUGACUCACGGUGGAAGCUCCGGUUGUCAUCAGUACAUACCUAACCUAGCAUAUAUGUGAGUUGCAAGUUGUAAGUUGUGUAUUAGUCGUCAUCUAUCGCGACGUCUUUCUACAUAUAUUUUUUAUUUCUAGAAAGAAAAGAAAAAGAAAAAGAAAAUAGAAAUCAAAUCAAAUCAAAUCAAAAUGAAGCCUGCCAACUCAGCCAAGACAGCUUUAAUUAUCAUCGACGUUCAAAAUGGACUCCGACACCCAACAUAUUGGGGCGCUACCCGCAGUACACCUAAAUUCGAGGAGAAUGUCGCGCUUCUACUGAAUGCGGCACGGAAAUACAAUAAGAAGCUAGGUGAAGACGCGGUAGACAUUUGUCACGUCCACCAUCAUAGCAUCUAUCCGAACUCGAUGCUCUAUCCUGGUACUCAGGUUGAGAUAGAUGGCAAACUAGUUGAGGCGGUACAGCCGCAGUCGUUUGUACAGCCAGAACCGCAGGAAUCCGUCUUUAUCAAAGAUGUCAACUCAUCCUUUAUUGGCACCAAACUAGAAGCCCACCUCAAAGACCAACGAGUUAGACAACUCGUCAUAACAGGUCUUACGACGGAUCACUGUGUUAGCACAACUACACGGAUGGCCAACAAUCUAAGGGUCGUAUCCGUGACAAGCCCAACUGGCGAGCUCGAUGAAGGCGAUAUCGUUCUCGUCGGCGAUGCAUGUGCCACGUUUGCAAAGGGUGGAAUCGAUGCGGAAACGAUGCAUAAAGUAAGCCUUGCUUCUUUGAACGACGAGUUUGCUCAAGUUGUAAACACGCAAGACGUCCUGCGCAACGUAUUUGGAAACUAAAUUGCUAUCUACAAUUUGCUUCCUCACCUACUAGCCACUCAGGGGGGAGUGUCUAGAUAUGUGCGCUCUCAAAAACAAGUCCAAUCAAUAACCAAUCCAGCAUGUAACCCGUUAGUCCCGCGCAGUCUAAUAUUUCACCAGGUUGUGGUAUGUUAGGU